AUGGAGGACCUGAUAUUGCUGUAUGAAGCAUGCCAGGCAGUAGUAAGUAACCUGGAAGAAUAUGACCCAUUCACGAGCGACAAGGGUAUCGCAUACGUCAAGACGCACGGACAAACCACCAAUUCCCUUAUCAAGUUGUUCAAUAGAAUUGAGGGAACCAUAGAAGGUACUGUCAAGGAUACAACGUGGUGGUUGGAAGCCACGGAUGUAUCGUUGGUGAAGCCACCAAAGGACGCCUUGGACGAAUAUUUGGAUCCCGUGUGCUACAAUGAGGAACUUUUCAAUAGGAGGAACAGAUUGAAGUUGGAGAACCAGGAACAUAUCGCCCAAGUGCUGUCUAUAGAGGCCGAGUUCAAGCAGCUGCGAGAAGCCGCCCAGGAACACCGGAGCUCGCUCAUAAGCGCAAGCAGCCUUAUCGAAGCAUCCGAGUCGCGCAGUCUUUCCGAGAACGUCAAGUACCUGACCUACGCGACGAUCUUCUACUUGCCGAUAUCCCUAUGCGCGACCCUCUGGAGCGUGAACGACAUGUUCGACACUGGCAUCACAGGCUUCGGCAUCAUCACGACCGUCGUCAGCGUUCUCACCUACUUCGUCGUCAGCGUUCUCACCUACUUCGUCGUCUUCGUCCUGACGAGGUCCUGGUACCAGACGUACACGCGACAGCUGGUUGAGAAGCUGUCGACGAAGCCCGAGCCGAACGAUGUUAGCGAUGACGAGCUAGCAAAGGUCGAGACCUCAACGCCGUCGGCAUCAGUGUUUGAGAGUGGGACAGGAGGUUUGUCAGACACUGCAGCGGUGGGCAGCAGCAUGUUCUCUCUCGCAGGCAUGCGUGAGCGUAUUCGACGCCUCUUGUGA